CUGCAUCAUCAUUCCCUUGCACGAUAGCCCUUUUCCACCGUCCCCUGCUAACUUGCACUGUCUGGCUUGAUCAAAACCUAGCUUCCUCCUCCUGUUGUUUCCCGCUUUGUGAAGACUAUUGUUAAGAUUUUCAAGCGGCUUCAGGUGGUUCUCCAGGUUUUAAUUCUUUUUUUUUCUUUCCCCAAUUUAUUUGAUAGAUUUUUAAAGCAAUGGAUUUGGAACUUUUACCCUAGAACUUUGGGGUUUUAUGGAGUUUCGAUUGAAGAAAACCAAGAAACAAGAGAAACCCAUUUUUGGAAACGUGUUAUAACAAUGGAAUCUAGUGAUAUAGAGAAUUGGAUUUUUGUUAAUUGUCAUGCCUCACUUUGAAACACCCAUGAGCAAUGUUUGUUAAGGGUUCAUGAUUUGAUUGGUUUAUGUUGUUCUUCGUUGUUUAGAAUCUUUGUUGUAAAUGGGAAAUGUUGAAGUACCAAAGUGGCUUAAACGGUUGCCAUUGGCACCUGAAUUUCGGCCGACUGACACGGAGUUUGCUGACCCCAUUGCAUAUAUAUCAAAGAUUGAGAAAGAAGCUAGUUCUUAUGGUAUAUGUAAGAUUAUUCCACCAUUGCCAAAACCAUCGAAAAAGUAUGUUUUUAACAAUUUGAAUAGGUCGCUCUCCAAGUGUCCGGAAUUAGGAAGUGAUGUGAAUGUAGACUCUGUUUCGAGUUUUGGGGAUAGUGGUGGUGAUGAAGGUGAAAGAAGGGCGGUGUUUACGACUCGACAUCAGGAGCUGGGACAGAGUGGGAAGAGAAUGAAAGGGGUGGCUAAUAGUCCACUAUGUGGUGCUCAGAAGCAAGUGUGGCAAAGUGGGGCAAUUUAUACAUUAGAGCAGUUUGAAUCCAAGUCUAAGACAUUGGCAAAGAGUUUAUUGGGCUUGCUUAAGGAGGUAUCACCGUUGCAUAUCGAGGCAUUAUUUUGGAAGUUGGCUUCAGAGAAGUCUUUAUAUGUGGAAUAUGCUAAUGAUGUCCCUGGAUCAGGUUUUGGGGAACCAGACAAUCAAUUUCAGUAUUUCCAGAGGAGGAGGAGGAAGAGGAUGUCAUACAGGAGGAAAAACUCUGAAUUCAAGAAAGAUGAGAUCGAUACUGUAAAUAAUUCACACAGGGAUGAGAUUAAAAAUACAUCCGUUAAAAGUGACCUAGAUAAACGUGUAGAAACACCCAAGUCAUCAACUACAUUGUCAACCAUGGCAUCAGAUGGAAGUUCUCAUUCUAAAAGAAAGAAUGGAAAUGCUGACAGUGAUAUGGAAGGUACCGCUGGUUGGAAGCUAUCAAAUAGUCCUUGGAAUCUUCAAGUGAUUGCUCGCUCGGCUGGCUCAAUUACACGUUUUAUGCCUGAUGAUAUUCCUGGUGUUACUUCUCCCAUGGUUUAUAUUGGCAUGUUGUUUAGCUGGUUUGCAUGGCAUGUUGAAGAUCAUGAGCUUCAUAGCAUGAAUUUUCUUCAUACUGGCUCUUCAAAGACUUGGUAUGCUGUUCCUGGAGAUCAUGCAUUUUCUUUUGAGGAAGUUAUCCUCACCGAGGGUUAUGGUGGUAACAUUGACCGCUUAGCUGCUCUGUCAUUACUGGGUGAGAAGACAACUCUUCUAUCACCUGAAUUGAUUGUCACAUCUGGCAUUCCUUGUUGUAGGUUAGUACAGAAUCCUGGUGAAUUUGUUGUGACUUUUCCGAGAGCCUACCACGUAGGAUUCAGCCAUGGUUUUAAUUGCGGGGAAGCUGCAAACUUUGGAACUCAACAGUGGCUUCAAGUCGCUAAAGAAGCUGCUGUGCGUAGAGCGGCUAUGAACUAUCUUCCAAUGCUUUCUCAUCAGCAGCUGUUAUACCUUUUGACCAUGUCUUUUGUGUCAAGGAUACCUAGAUCCUUGCUUCCUGGUGCUCGCAGUUCUCGUCUGAGAGAUCGCUUGAAGGAAGAACGAGAGGUGCUAGUAAAGAAGGCAUUUAUAGAAGAUUUGUUAACCGAAAAUAAAUUGUUAUCUCUUCUUCUAAAAAGAGAAUCGACUUAUAGUCCAAUAAUGUGGGACCCUUUGUUACUUCCUUAUACGAGCAAAGAUUCCGAAUUACCCAGCAGAACUGCUACAGAUUCUAUGAUGCUGCAAGAAAAUAUUUCUGACAUUCACAUUGAAGACAAAUCUGAUCAAAAGAAUCUCUUAGAUGAGAUGAGCUUCUACAUGGAAAAUCUGAACUAUUUAUAUUCUAAUGAUGACGAUUUGACAUGUGAUUUACAAGUUGAUUCGGGGACAUUGGUCUGUGUGGCUUGCGGAAUUCUAGGUUAUCCGUUUAUGUCUGUGGUACAGCCAUCUGAGGGAGCAAUGAUGGAACUACCUGCGAAUCAUGUUUCAAGUCAAGGUCCAGCAGUCUUGGAAACUAAGAGUUCUUGCCUUGUCAAGGGCUCAGUUUUGGACAAUCUCAAUCAUGUUGCAGAUCUAUCACUUCCUUCCAAGGAGUCACCAUUACAAUCAAUAACCAAGUUUUCCAAAGGAUGGAACACCUGUAAUAAAUAUUUGAGACCUCGGAUUUUCUGCCUGGAGCAUGCUGUUCAAGUUGAUGAGCUUUUGCAGUCCAAAGGUGGAGCAAAAAUGCUGGUAAUUUGCCAUUCAGAUUAUCAGAAAAUAAAGGCACAUGCAAUACCAGUUGCGGACGCUAUUGGCAUCCCUUUUAAUUACAAUGAUGUUCUACUAGAUGCUGCAUCCGAGGAGGAUCUGAAUUUGAUCAAUUUUGCAAUUGAUGAUGAACAUGAUGAAAUUCGGGAAGACUGGACCUCCGAUCUUGGUGUUAACUUGAGGUACUGUGUCAAAGUCCGGAAAAACUCCCCAUUUAAGCAGGUUCAGCAUGCACUACCAUUGAGCGGUCUUUUUGCUGAUAAAUACAGCAGUUCGGAGUUAUUAAACAUAAAAUGGCAGUUGCGGAAAUCCCGUUCAAAAGGCAAGUUGAACCACCCAUCACCAUCCAAACCACAUCAAAGCCUCAAAACGGAAGUAAAUAAAAUAUUGGUGGAAAAUCUCGAUAGCAACAUUUCUAAUUAUGGACUUAAAUUAAUUCACUAUUCAAGAAGGAAAAAAAGAAAACAGGAUUAUUCUACUGGAGCUGGUUGGGACAGUGAAAUGUUAAAGAAUGACUUGCCAAGAGAAGAUUUGGAUGCGUCCAGUCAACUCAUUGAUGAACAUGGUGGAAAUAAAUCCAAGAUAAAUACCAGAAGUGAGUCAAUUCGGAUACAACUUGAAAUCCUGCCUUCCUCGGUGGUAGAAAAGGACCAGAACAAAAUUUUGGAGGAAUUGGAUCCGGACGAUGAAACUCGGAGUUUGACAGCCUGUGCUAGUUCUCAAAAGAAAAGCGCGAUCAAGCUUAUGGAGAGUAACAGUAAGAGUGAUGAGAUUUCUCCUGCCGAUGAGGGUUCUAAAUGCUGCAUUUUUGCGGAUGAUGAAAGGUAUGUGGAGAACUCUACCAUUGCUACUGAGGUUUGCAAUCCAUUUUCUGAAGGACAGAGUGAGGCACUGGCUUCUGGCUAUGGUUCGACAGAUCUUGGUAACUCAACAAGUUAUCAUUCUGCUCAGCGAUGUGCUGGAAGAUUUUAUCAAGGAUUGGGGGGCAUGACUGUUCCAAAAAUUUCCAUAAACUCAUGUAUGACGUCUGAGAACGAAGUGCUGCAAAAAACUGAAGCUACCAACAGAAAUAACUGCAAGGCGAUGUUAAGAUCUGAGGAUCGUGAUGGUACAAAUUCCAAGAAUAAAGAACAGCAGCAGGAAAUCCAGAUUAAUGCAAGCAAGGAAGGGCUUCUAUCUGGUUCUGUCAUGCCAGGGCGAAUUGAUCGGUCUGCUAACUUCUCUGUUGAAGAAUAUUCCACAACUUCCAAGAAUCCCUGUAUCAAUCAUACUGAUGUGACCUUAGAUGUUGAAGUAUUGCAAGAAACUCGAGCUACAAAAAGAACCGCUGAGGAUGAAGUUACAACCGGUUCCAAUUUGCCAAUCCAAGAAAAGCACCCUACUCACUUGGUGAUAGAAGCUUGCUCUGAGGUCCACCGAGAUAGUGGUUCUCGGGAGAAGCUGAAUGAUGCUGCAAUUGCAGAUGAAGAAACUGUUUCUUGCUGUCAUAGUCCUGUAAAUCUGACAACUAUAGCAACCCAAAGCUACUCAAGAACAAAUAGAGAGACUCAUACAACCGUGAAUGCAAAUGAUGGCGGGGAAGUUUGUUCUUUUGCAGAGAAUGAAGCUCACGGGUCUGUUAUGACAGGUUGUAAGCCAAGUGCCAUCUAUGUAAGAAAGAAGAAGAGAGAACUGGAGGAAACACUUGAGACGGGUGGUGGUAAUGGCUUUAUUAGAAGUCCAUGUGAAGGGUUGAGGCCGAGGGCUCGGAAAGAUGCAACCAGCAGUCUUAAUGCGUGUAAAGCAUCUUCUGAGGGGCUGCCAACCAAAGAGAUGAGGAAACCUUCUGUUCAUACCCAGAGUAAGAAAACAAUAAAAAAAGGGUCUCAUGGAUGUGACCUGGAAGGCUGCCAUAUGAGUUUUGAGACGAAGGAAGAAUUGAGGUUGCACAAACGGAAUCGGUGUGCGUACGAUGGAUGUGGAAAGAAAUUCCGUUCCCACAAAUAUGCAAUCCUUCAUCAACGAGUCCAUGAAGAUGAUAGGCCCCUCAAGUGCCCAUGGAAAGGUUGUUCCAUGUCAUUCAAGUGGGCAUGGGCUAGGACUGAGCAUAUACGGGUGCACACCGGAGAACGCCCUUAUAGGUGCAAGGUUGAGGGAUGUGGCCUCUCUUUCAGAUUUGUGUCUGAUUUUAGCCGGCAUAGACGAAAAACCGGGCAUUAUGUGGACUCUUCACCCUGAAAGUUUGUCACUAUAGGCAGGCUUCAUCUGUAAUGCACCAGGGCAUGAACCGAACUUGAAGAUUCUGAUUAGGCAUAGGUUAAGACUGAACUGAUCCUUUUGUAGAUUGGCAUUCUCCACUCAUUUGAAUGCUAUUAAGAGUGGAAGAUCCUUCCUGUCACUUGUAUUAUGACAAUCCUUUUACUCCCCCAUUUUUCAUUUUUUU